AUGGCUGACCUGGUCAAAUUGUGUCUGUACAUCUCGUAUUUCUACGGACGUUUAACUGGAGUGCUAAACUUUGAGAUCGACUUGAGAACGGGUAAAACCCGCAUUACCAAAUGGGCCACAACCUAUUCAGCAUGUGCCCAAGUGUUUUUAUUCACCUUUAUGACUUAUCACACCUAUGAAACGAGGACUAUGAUUAAUAUGUGGGCAAAGACCAAUUCGCUUCAUAAGUCUGUGUUUUUGAUUAUGGCCGUGUUUCGGAUCCUUUGUGUCCUAUUGGCCUUGAUUUAUCGGUGGUCAAAGCGUCAACGGUUCAUACGAUUGUUUAACUCAUUCCGCCGGCUAUUUCGCAAUAAUCCCGAGGUUAUUCAAUACUGUCGCAAAGGAAUCCUCAGCAAGUGCUUCUGCGCCACAGCGACGGAACUCAUACAGCUGGCAAUGUCACUAAUACUGGUGCAGAAAUAUCUAACUAUUACCUUGGCUCUGGGCAUUUGGUCGGUCCUAACCAUGUCGGCUAUUACCAAUGUGAUUAUAACCCAGUACUAUUUUGCAAUUGCAAAUAUACGUGGGCGCUACAUUCUCCUCAAUAAAGAGCUUGAAGCGAUUUUAAACGAAGCUCAAUCCUUAGCACCCAACCGACGUGGAGUGUUUGUGACGAAAUGUUGCUCUUUGGCCGACCGCUUGGAUGAGAUAUCUCAUACACAAUCUGAGCUACAGGACCUGACAGAUCGCCUGUCGAAAACCUAUGAGCUGCAGCUACUUUGCAUGGCCAUUACAUAUUACCUGAACUCGGUUGGAGGCUUCUACAUCAUGUUUAGUCUUGGAAAGUAUAAAAACCUGGUCGAGGAUUGGCCAAAGAUCGUUUUAUUCUUGGGAGUAGCAUACUUUUUUUUUUUCUACCUCGAUAGCUGGGUUACCAUGUUUAAUUCUUUCCAUCUCUUGGACGUCCAUGCUGAAAUGGUUAAGCUGAUGGCGCAGCGAACUUUACUUUCUCCCGAUUUGGACAAUCGUUUGGAGGCAACAUUUGAAAGUUUCGAACUUAACCUGGCACGUAAUCCAUUCAAACUUUUGGAAUUUUUGAAGCUGAUCGCACCACAUGCUUUACUUGGCUUAACUCGACCAUAA